AUGGCGAACGAUAGCCAUGCAGCUGACAACAUUCUGCAAAAUGUGUCUCCUUUAACAGCUUUUUUAAAACUGACUUCAUUGGGUUUCAUUAUAGGAGUCAGUGUUGUGGGUAACCUUCUUAUCUCCAUCUUGUUAGUCAAAGAUAAGACCUUACACAGAGCUCCUUACUAUUUCCUAUUGGAUCUUUGUUGUUCAGAUAUCCUCAGAUCUGCAAUUUGUUUCCCAUUUGUAUUUACCUCUGUAAAAAAUGGUUCUACUUGGACUUAUGGGGCUCUAACUUGCAAAGUGAUUGCCUUUCUUGGGGUGUUGUCCUGCUUUCACACUGCUUUUAUGCUAUUCUGUAUCAGUGUCACAAGAUACCUAGCUAUAGCUCACCAUCGUUUUUAUACAAAAAGAUUAACCUUUUGGACUUGCUUGGCAGUAAUUUGUAUGGUGUGGACCUUAUCAGUCGCAAUGGCUUUCCCGCCAGUUCUAGAUGUUGGCACAUACUCCUUCAUUAGGGAAGAAGACCAAUGCACAUUUCAGCAUCGUUCCUUCAGGGCUAACGAUUCCUUGGGAUUUAUGUUGCUUCUUGCUCUCAUUCUUUUAGCCACACAGCUUGUCUACCUCAAGCUGAUAUUUUUUGUUCAUGAUCGCAGGAAAAUGAAGCCAGUCCAGUUUGUAGCAGCGGUAAGUCAGAACUGGACUUUCCAUGGUCCUGGAGCCAGUGGCCAAGCGGCAGCUAACUGGCUAGCUGGUUUUGGAAGGGGUCCCACACCACCCACCUUAUUGGGAAUACGACAAAAUGCAAACACCACUGGCAGGAGAAGGCUGCUGGUUUUAGAUGAAUUCAAAAUGGAAAAAAGGAUCAGUAGAAUGUUCUAUAUAAUGACUUUCCUUUUCCUAACCUUGUGGGGUCCCUAUUUGGUAGCUUGUUACUGGAGAGUGUUUGCAAGAGGCCCUGUGGUACCGGGAGGAUUUUUAACUGCAGCUGUCUGGAUGAGUUUUGCCCAAGCUGGAAUCAAUCCUUUUGUCUGCAUUUUCUCAAACAGGGAGCUGAGGCGCUGUUUCAGCACUACCCUUCUUUACUGCAGAAAAUCCAGGUUACCAAGGGAACCUUACUGUGUUAUAUGA